UCACCAUCUCAACCUCAGGGAGAUGAUAUUCUACUUGCUUUGGUGGAAAAUCCCAAUCUGAUAUCAGCCACAAGUUCUUUUAAGGCUAACCCAGAGAGGAAGUUCUUGGCAUCUGAUGAGUCUGGUUCAGAGAGAUCAAAGUGGGUUUAUAUAUUCCAGAAAGAAUAUGCUACAGUUGACCCUACCCUCGUUGAUUUUGUUGGCACUGAUGAAGCAACAACGUGCGUUGGCCUUGUUAUUCGGAACAAAAAAACUGGAAUGACAUCAGUUGCUCAUAUGGAUUCGCCAAAAAUUGUAGAAAUUGGCCUUUCCCAAAUGUUAUCAUCACUUGUUGCAAACAGUCUGGAGACCGAGUUCGAAGUGCAUCUCAUAGGGGGGUUUGAAGACGUGUCACUGCAACAAGGAAAUGGUAGUGCAAUAUCAGAAAGCCCUGCAUAUUUGGAUGGUUAUUCCUUUCCUUUGUGUUCAAAGAUUGUUCAUACUCUAUGGUCAAGAGAUGAGAAGUUUCACCUCCAAACGUUCUGUGUUCUUGGACAUAAUACCAGAAGAGAUUCUGAUGGAAACACAUACCCCUUUUUCAAUGGAUUUGUGGUGGAGACUGCAUCAGGUAUUGUCAUCCCAGCUAUUUUUGAUAGAACUUCUAGAUGUCCAGAUGAGCUUGUCAGAAGAAUACGAGUAUCUGUUUCUUAUGAAGAUGCGAAUUGGAAAGAAAAGUUACUAGAAACAUAUGAUUGUGGCUCUGACUGUUUCAAAAUUGCUCCUUGUCGCUGGACUCUUCGUCAAUAUCAUAUUGCUCUUUCACUUCUGAACUGUUCUGAUUUGGAAAUUCUUUCAACAUGUUCAACUUCACCUACUGCUGAGGCGCCAGAUUUUGUGGAUAAUUUACGAAGGUAAAACAUAUGGUUGAUUCUAACUUUAUGUAUUUCAACCUAUCAUCUUAUUUCA